ACCGGUAAACUGACACGGUGUUACAAAUUCAUUAAUCCCAAUUCGGCGGAUUGGGGCGAAAUUCAUUAACACCACUAGAUCGCAUGUUUUGAAAGUAUUUCCUUGAUGUUUACGCUGGGCCGCACACAUCUGUACGCAUAUUGAUCUACCUGUCGGUGUUUCACCUGAACAAUUUAUAUCCUAGGAGUUUUCGUAUCUAGGACACCAGUACAGUUACUGUUAACCUCCAUUCGCCUGUUGUGUCAUGCUGACUGUUGUCCUGCUAUGGUUCUAUUUUCGAGACAUAUCCUACUAUUUUCUGGACUCCUGUGAACUCUAUAAAAAGAAAAAGAUGGCGAAGUCAGAAAUACAGCGCUGUCUAGACUGGCUUUUCGAGCAACAGAGCGAGUUGGAAGGAGCCUCGUUUGGGUCCGGUCAGUCGGGUGUUCACGAAGCGUUCCGGAGACUCGAGUCACAGACCCAGGAAAUCAAGAACUUCAAAGCUAAAAUCGACAAAGCUACCAAGAAACCCGACGUCAAGGAUGAUGAUGUAUCUAAACUUAAUGGAAAAUACGCAGCUGUCGAGUCUGUAGUUGUAAAGAGAGCGUCUUGCCUUCAAGUGAUUUCGCAAAUUUCGUCUUUAGAAGGCUUGCUGAAGGGUCUGACGACUGAGUUUGACCAAAAGGUUGUGCACAUGGUGAACGAGGGGGACGAUAAGAAGCAGGGAUCUGUCGAUCAGACCAAUGAGAGCCUGGCCCGAACUGCGCAGAACUGUAUCGCGGCGGUGCGCACGAACUGGCGAUGGAUCGAAACCGUGAUGAAGUGUUCAGAGGUGCACCUCAAGAACGCGGGGGCCUUCCAGGAGUUUUUCCACGAGGUGGAUGAAGCGGAAUACUGGAUGCAGACGACACUGUCACGAAUCCACAUGUCGUUUGACCGGAAGCAGCUCACUGGAGACAGGGCAGACGUGGAGAGCAUUCAAAGGGAGAUAAAAGAUGUGUUGACGGCGUAUCUUCAGUGGCAGACCAAAGUGGACUACUUGUUAGAGAAAACCAGACAGGUCGUGCCGGUCCGACAGCGAGUGAAGAAACUGGACGAACCACGCCCCGUCCUCGCCCUCGCCGACUACAAAACAAACGAAAUUGAGUUUAUUGAAGGAGAGACUCUAAUGCUCAUGGAUAACACUAAAAAAGAAGAAUGGCUGGUCCAGAAUGAGCGAGGUCAGACUGGACUGGUUCCCGCUGUUCUGGUUCUCAUCCCAGCGCCAGCCGCUGACGCAGUCGACGCCGCCAUCAAGUUACGCCUCCAGCUACUGUCGCUGUGGACGAUGAGCGUCAAGCGACUGGGUUACCAGUUGGUCGCCUUCAUGAUCAUCGUCUUCAAAGACUGGAGCGAGGACGAGAAAACCAAUGACAAGAUGGCGGAAAAGGUCGCGGUGCUGCAGGCAAUGAAGGACGAAGACAAAGUGGAACUGCUGAGGAUCCUCAAGUACAUCGAGAAGAGCCUGCAGCCCAACUGGAGCGAGUACUCCGACUACCAGGAGCUCGAGGAGCGCAUGCUCAGACUGAAGAUGAUACUCGAAGAGUCCCCAGCAGGGCAAACCACGAAUGAUGAACUGGUCAUGAAAGUUAUUGUUCAAGUCAAACUGUUGGAACAGCUGUUGAACAAAUACAGGGAUUUCUGGGCGUACUGGGAGACAUUCCGGGUGAUUGUAGAACUGCUCAAGCAGCCGAAAUAUCUGCUGGUGUGUAACCGGUGGGACGAGCUGCGAUACAUCACCACGGCGCACUUCGUCAGGUUUUGGGACACAGAACUUAAAAUCGAGGACCCCAAGAAACUGGCGAUAGAAAACAUUCAGAAAUCCGAGUCGUUGACCCUGCACGAGACGCCCAAGGAGGCGAUGCCGGCCAGCACGGACGUUGUCAUAGAUACGGAGAAAGAAGAAACCACCAGCGAGGAAGUGACCACCACGUUUACAGAGGAGUGCCUCACUUACGUCAUCAAGAGUGUUGUCGACCCUAAAACUAAACGCGAGAUCUCCCUGCACGACGCCGUCAUGAUCGGCCUGAUCGACCAGAACCGCGGCACCUACUACAACCCGGUGACGCGCGAGACGAUGACGGUCGACCAAGCGAUCAACCGGCAGCUGGUGAUCAUGGAGCUGGUGUCCACGACGAAGGUGAAGGAGGAGAAGCAGACGUUCGGCCUGAUCACGAUCACCGUGACGCGGGAGACGCACCCCUACACCAUCAAGUACGUGCUCGACCCCAGCACAGAGGAGAAGCUCGCCGUCUCCAAGGCCAUCGACAAGGGCAUCCUCGACACCAACAACGGCACGUACAAGACGGAGACUGGGGAGAUUAUGGCCAUCGCCGACGCUAUCUCCAGCGGCUUGAUCGUGGUGGAGUACCACACCGAUGAAGACGGCGACGGCGGCAACGGCAAGCCUGAGGUGGUUACCAAGACGUACUCCGUGCACGGGGUGGUGGACCAGGUGAAGAAGGACAAGGUCUCGUUCCAUGAGGCAGUCAGCCAGGGCCUGCUGGACAGCAAGACGGGCGACUACAUCAACAACAAGACCGGGGUCAGGGUGCCCGUGCAGGAGGCCAUCAUGAAAGGAUUCAUCAAGGCCCGCAUCGUGACAGACCCCAGCAAGCUCGACAUAGGCGCCGAGAACAAGAUCGUCAUACAGAAGUUCGAGAGCGCCAAGACCAAGUUACUGAGGUCGGUAAAAGCCGUACGGGCCAUGAAAAAAUAAUUCUGAGUAAAUCGGCAUCUGAAGCGGCAGGGGAGGGGCAGGGUUCCUGAGGCAGUUCGUCAACUCUUCACUAUUACAUAUUAUUCACAACUUAAACAAUCAUUCGUAGAAAACUAGCAUAGCAACCCUUGCAAUUGCCCACGGCAAUCGGCAAUAACACGGAGAUUGCCGUGGAGCUUUUAAUUCUCCACGGCAUUUUUCUGCCUUGGACUGUAUUCAGGUGGGGUGAGGGGGUUCAACGGCAUGGACAUUUUCUUAAUUGUAGGAGUUGCAUAGCCGUCUGAAGAGAAAGGGAGGGGCAGGGUACAGGGGUCAGUGCUCACUAACUCUGAAGAGAAAGGGAGGGGCAGGGUACAGGGGUCAGUGCUCACUAACUCUGAAGAGAAAGGGAGGGGCAGGGUACAGGGGUCAGUGCUCACUAACUCUGAAGAGUUUGUUUUGUUACCAAUUUAAAAGGAGAAGAGUGAAGUACACUGUCCUAUAACUUUGAAGAUUAUGUCUUGCUUUUUAUUACCCCUGAGGAUUCGUCAACAUGAUAGGGAGGAUGCAGGGGUACCGUCCUCCCAACUCUAAAUAUUAUGUAUUGAUAGGGAGCGGGGUGCAGGGGGUGCUGCCACCUCCAACUAGAGGUUAUGUAUUGCCGUUCCCCAACUUGAAAAGG